AACUAACGGGAGCGUUGCAGUUUUGUUUCCUUAAACGUCAUCUUCCGAAUAUCUGGCAAUGGAAUGCAUUUAUGGUCGGUGAUCGGAGAUAUCAAGUAGAAAUAUCCCACAUCAGGUUUGAAUGGAACGCAGCAUUAGUGCACAAGCUUUUUUCAAAUCUGUGCUGACGUGUCGCACCUCCCCGCGUACCGGAUGUCAUCACUCCCGUUCUGACGUCACCCCCAAAUCGCCCGAUUCAACGCGCGAGUGUGACGCUCUGACCGGGGAAGUGCAACAUUUCGACGUGUAUAUUCCCCACGCCGUGCUUCCGGUUAAGCAAAGCGUGAUCAGCCGUGCUCAGUGUCUCUUCCCUUCUUUGGCUCACAGUAGAGGCAUCUCAUAGGACUCUGCCGGCUCCUUUACCUCUCUCUCUCUCUCUUCCCUCCCCGAUCGGAAUAAUCAUCCAGCGGACAUGGCCUCUGCAGUACCGGCACAGGUUCAGUCCAACCAGACUUCAGCUCCGCAGCUGCAGAGAGGAAUAGUGAAGAUGGUGCUGUCUGGUUGCGCUGUCAUCGUGAGGGGCCAGCCACGAGGAGGCCCCCCUCCAGAACGGCAGAUCAACCUGAGCAACAUCCGCGUUGGAGCUCUCGCCCGACGUGCAAUUCAGGGCCAACCAGACACUAAGGACACACCAGAUGAGCCAUGGGCUUUCCAGGCACGAGAGUUUCUGCGUAAGAAGGUCAUUGGCAAAGAAGUCUGUUUCACCGUGGGGAAUUUACCCCGUCAAAGCAGAGAAUAUGGCAUGGUGUACCUGGGAAAAGACACAUCAGGUGAAAAUAUCGCAGAGUCCCUGGUGGUCGAGGGUCUCGCUACAGUGCGCAGAGAGGCCAUCAGAGGAAACAAUCCAAACCAGGUGAGGCUGUGUGAUUUGGAGGACCAAGCAAAGUCUGCAAAAAAGGGUCUCUGGUCUGAGGGUGGAGGUUCACACACCAUUCGAGAUUUGAAGUAUACAAUCGAGAACCCUCGCAAUUUUGUAGACUCACUCCACCAGAAACCAGUCAAUGCCAUUAUUGAGCAUGUUCGUGACGGGUGCAUGGUUCGAGCCCUUCUGCUACCUGACUACUACCUGGUGACAGUCAUGCUGUCUGGAGUCAAGUGUCCUACAUUUAAACGGGAGGCAGAUGGCAGUGAGAGCCCUGAGCCCUUCGCAGCAGAGGCAAAGUUCUUCACGGAGUCGCGGCUUCUUCAGAGAGACGUUCAGAUCAUUCUGGAGUCCUGCCCUAACCAGGUCAUCUUGGGCACCAUCCUGCACCCGAACGGGAACAUCACAGAGUUGCUUUUGAAGGAGGGCUUUGCGCGUUGUGUGGACUGGUCUAUGGCUGUGUACACUCAGGGUGCUGAGAAACUCAGAGCCGCGGAACGAUCAGCGAAAGAGCGUAAAGUAAGAAUCUGGAAGGAUUAUGUUGCUCCAACAGCCAAUCUGGACCAGAAGGACAGACAGUUUGUAGCCAAGGUGAUGCAAGUCGUGAAUGCAGAUGCCAUCAUGGUCAAGAUGAACUCUGGGGAGUAUAAGACCAUCCACCUGUCCAGCAUCAGGCCCCCAAGGCUCGAAGGCGAGGAGAAGAGCAAGGACAAAGACAAGCGUUUCCGUCCACUCUACGACAUUCCUUACAUGUUUGAGGCACGCGAAUUCUUGCGAAAGAAGCUCAUUGGGAAGAAGGUUAAUGUCACAGUCGAUUAUAUCAGAGCAGCCACCAGUGCCAUGGAAACGGGUAGCGUCCCUGCAUUCCCAGAGCGUACCUGUGCUACAGUCUCCAUUGGAGGAAUAAACAUCGCCGAGGCUCUGGUCAGUAAAGGUCUUGCCACAGUGAUCAGAUAUCGCCAGGACGAUGAUCAAAGAUCUUCCCAUUAUGAUGAGCUCCUGGCAGCAGAGGCAAGGGCAAUCAAGAAUGGCAAAGGACUACACAGCAAGAAAGAGGUGCCCAUUCACAGAGUGGCGGAUAUUUCAGGGGAGACACAGAAAGCCAAACAGUUCUUGCCGUUCUUGCAGAGAGCGGGCCGCUCUGAAGCUGUGGUGGAGUAUGUGUUCAGUGGCUCUAGACUCAAGCUCUACAUGCCCAAAGAGACCUGUCUCAUCACCUUCCUGCUUGCUGGUAUCGAGUGUCCCCGAGGGUCUCGAAACAUGCCAGGUGGGAUGCAGGUGGCAGAACCUUACAGUGAGGAAGCCACAAUGUUCACCAAAGAGCUGGUUCUUCAGAGAGAGGUGGAAGUGGAGGUGGAGAGCAUGGAUAAGGCAGGGAACUUCAUUGGCUGGCUUCACAUCGAGGGCAUGAAUCUGUCAGUGGCUCUGGUUGAGAAUGCCUUGUCUAAGGUCCACUUCACUGCAGAGCGAAGCUCCUACUAUAAGACUCUGCUGUCUGGGGAGGAGGCCGCCAGACAGAGGAAAGAAAAGAUCUGGGCCAAUUACGAAGAGAAGCCAAAAGAAGAGGUGGCUCAGCACACAGAGGAGAAGGAACGCGUGGCCAAAUACAGACUAGUCUAUGUCACAGAGAUCACAGAUGGACUGCACUUCUUCGUGCAGGAUGUCGAGACUGGUACUCAACUGGAGAACCUUAUGGAGAGCAUGCGAGGAGAGAUUGCCGCCCAGCCUCCAGUAGAAGGAUCCUAUGCCCCCUGCAGAGGAGAUUUCUGUAUUGCCAAGUUUGCUGAUGGAGAAUGGUACAGAGCACGUGUUGAGAAGAUUGAAUCCCCAGCAAAAGUUCAUGUGUUCUACAUCGACUAUGGAAAUAGAGAGAUAUUAUCCUCCACACGGCUUGCAGCUCUCUCUCUGGCCUUCAGCACGCGUACACUUCCUCCACAGGCUACAGAGUACACAUUCGCCUACAUUCAAGUCCCACAAGAUGAGGACGCACGGACUGAUGCCGUGGACAGUGUGGUCAGGGACAUUCAGAACGCACAGUGUCUGCUGAAUGUGGAGUACAGUGGAGCAGUCUGUCCGCAUGUCACACUGCAGUUCGCCGACUCCAAAGAUGACGUGGGUCUGGGUUUGGUGAAAGAGGGGCUAGUAAUGGUAGAUGUACGUAAAGAGAAACAUCUCCAGAAAAUGGUGACAGAGUAUCUGAAUAGCCAGGAAUCUGCCAAAAGUGCCAGGCUCAACAUUUGGCGUUACGGAGAUUUCCGUGAUGACGACGUGGAUGAAUUUGGAUACAGACGCUAAAUUGUCAAUCCAAAGACCUUGUGGAAGACCAGAUUAAUUUUCAGAAAACACAAUACACACAGAAUCAUGAAAAUUUAGCAACACAACAUCAGUAUGUUCUUAUUUUUUUCAAAUUUUUAACAGUUGCAUCUAUGCAGUGUUUAUUUUUUAUUAUUACUAUUGUAUUGUAUUACUCUGUGCAUAUCCUGUCUUCUGCCCAAGGACUUUGUUUCUUUUCAUUGUCUAUUUGUUUUAAGCGAGUCUGCUACGGAUAAAUUUGCCUGUAGCUGUUUCAUAUAGAACCAACUUAUUUACUUUAAUCUUAAAUUUUCACAUUAGCCAAUCAUCUUUUCCAUGUACAUUUUUAGCCAAUCACCAGCUUUCUAACCCCAUCGUAGCAAAUCUGUUCUGCCCAAUCAGAUUUCUAUGUUUGUGGGCUAGACUUUUAAAAAUAUGAGGGGGAUGCACAGAGCAACCAUGAACUCAACAGCUUGCUGAGAAAACACCCCCUGAAUCAUGAGAUAAGAUUCUAUAUUUCAAUAUAUAAAUGGAUAUUUUGAAGUUAGGUACAAAACUAAUCAAGUGAACUUACGGGGCGGGGCGUUUCUUAUUUAAUUUAUUUUUUUAUCUCUGAUGUGAUCUGAGUGUUCAGUGACUUUUGUGUAGGAAGUGUGUUUUCUCUGCUUCUGUGGCACAAGAAAAGCUGCCAGCACCUUUACAAGCAUCUCUCGGCCUCCCCUGUGAGGUUUACUCAACGGUCAUCAUUUCUUUUUUCCCCGUUUUUGCUCGCCAUUACAGAAACAGUAUUUGAAUUUGUUUCCUUCUGAGGUAGAUGCUGUCAUUGUAUUUAAAUCUGAUAAAUAAAAAUAAGCAAUGUG